UCCACCAACCAGUUCCUCCUCAUCUCCGUUAGUGUUAUCCCUUCGCGCUGGACCCUCAAUAAUUGCCUCCUCCAGCCACAACCUUAUAUGUUUGUAUAUAUACAUACACUGAGAAACAAGAGCUAGCGAGAGACCAGCAGCCACCAGAUCAGCUAAGCAGCACACCAAAUAGCUCUAGCUUGUGACUCUAUCGAUCAGAAUACCCCUCAAGAUCGCAAUUCAAUCCGCAACCAGGUAGCAGCCCAGAGAGAGGACAAACAAAUGCAGCCACAACGUACAACUGAAACGUCAGUAUGCAUGCACAUGCUGCACACAAAAAGCUGAGGCAGCAUAAUCUAUACAUUUGCCACGUGCAGAUUUACAUAUGGUUAUCUUAUGCCAAGUCCGAUCCAUCUUUAUUGGUGUAGUUUAUUUUUACUGCAUAUAGUUAAUUUUCUACCAUGUCAAAAGGGAGUUAGGAUCCAAGAAUCACAUGUAUCCUAGUGGUCUAGUUAUGAUUAUACUGAGCCCCAUGCAUCCUAUACAAAUAUUCGUUCCAGUUCAAAAACGCGCGUCAUUUUGCACACUUUAAGAACAUUUAUGUUUUUUGAAAGACACUUUCAGAACAUUUAAUAUCAAUAUCUUCUUGAUGCUAUAAUUCCAUUGGGUUUGUAUAACACAGUCUUUGUAAGAAACUGUUACGUGCAAUCUGUUCUUUUUUGUGAACUUUUUUCUGGAACACUAACAAAUAGUAAUAAUACCAUUUCAUAUUUUUGACAAAAAGGUGAGAUGUAUCAAGAUUUACGGCUACUACCAUCUUCCAUAUAUGAAUUCAUGUUUGCAGCCAUGGUUAUGUUUGAGUCUCGUUCUGGGAAUUUUCUAGCUUUUGUGGAUUGCAACUGUUUGCGUUGUUAUAGAACUACUGUGAAAGGUCCUAGGAAAACUGGAGAUCCAACUAAUUGGUUUCUUGAGCUGUAAUGUCUAUUGGUAAACUAAUGAAGUUGUUGAUUAAAUAUUUUUGGCUAUUUGGUUAGCGUAUAGUAGUUGUCCAUCUCUGUUGUUUCCAAGACUUGGUUUUAUAUCUUUUUUUCUUGACAAAGUAAUUAGCGAAAGUUUGUACUCUCUCAAAAGAAGUAUUGAAAUUACAGCUUCGAAGAUGUUAACAAGUGUUAUUAAAACUACUUUCAUAUACCCUAGUAUGACAUAAAAAUGAUUAUUUUCUUAAUCGACCCCCCUAUAAGCUGAGGACUGAGGAGGAAAUUAAAUUAACAAAUGUUUUUUGAAACCAUAUACAAUAUAUGCUUGGUCUUGAUAUCACUAAGAGUAUAUUAGGACAUAAUUCUUUUUUCUACCACUAGAGUUGGCAAACAUUUUGAAUGACAUAGCCUAAUAAACAAACAGUACAAUAUAUAGCUGCGUCAUCUUAGUUGUGCAAGAAAUAAAACUAUAUUAGACAUUCGAGUGAAACGGAUAUGGUUUUCUUUCUUUUUUUUGAACGCAGGAGCUCUGCCUUUCAAUUAAUAAGAAAAGAGUUUAAAGAACAGAAGCAAACGGCACUCGUCCGCUGCAGCUGCACAGGAGUGCCCCGACACACGCCUGGAGCGUUAUACAAAAAUAUGGUUUUCUUUCUGAAUUACCUGUUUAACCACUUUGACUAUAUUGUGGUUUAGCCAUGUAGUAGUACAUGGCUAUGCACGAUGAAUACAAUUUGCUUGUUGAUUAACUUUGACAACGUCUUGUCUCAUCCCUGGGGUCAGCGCUAGCCGAGAUGUGAACAAAUAUAGUCAGCAACGACGAAGACAAAAUGAAUGAGCGUAGGUUCUGAGAAUGUUCUCGCGUUUCGUUGCUGUCUGUUUCUUUCUUGUUGCUAUGCGCAUUGGACGUGUUUAUUUAUGAAUUGUAUUGUAAUUCCAACCAUGCAUGGCAGUGACCUAGUAUACGCUGACAAAAUUGCUAGCUUGCAAGGUAAGGCAUCGUCUCUCCAUCUCAGUUCGCCGCAUUUUGAUCGGAUUUUUUAGUGAUAUAUGCAUGCAUGGUUUAGAAUUUGGAAUUGUAAUCUGAAUCGUUUCUUUGACAUGUACGUGCAUCGUCUUUGACAAGACCGUCCCCUUCCUUCCAGACAACAGAUGAACAUACACUACUUACAGAGUAAUUUGAUUGAUUAUAUUGUAAGUUGAGGCACGAUCAAACUACUAACUAACAUCCUACAUAUAUAUGCAUGCACUGAUUGCAUAUGCAGGAGGCCUCUGCUAUCUUGUCGACAGCAAUGGACGAUGAGUCCAACCCGCCAUUGAUGACCACGUACAAGCAUCUCUUGGACACCCACCCGCACCGCCGGCUGGAUGCCGUCGACGAUCACAACAGCGGGUGCGUCCUCCCGGUGAUCGACCUGGGCAGCCUGCAGCACGCACCAGAGCAGUGCCGGGCGGCCAUCGUGCGCGCGGCGUCGGAGUGGGGCUUCUUCCAGGUGACCAACCACGGCGUGCCGCAGCCGCUGCUGGACGAGCUGCACGACGCGCAGGUCGCCGUGUUCCGGCGGCCAUUCGAGCGCAAGCUGCGCGAGCCGCUGCUCGACUUCUCGCCGGAGAGCUACCGCUGGGGCACGCCGACGGCCACGUGCCUGGAGCAGCUGUCGUGGUCGGAGGCCUACCACAUCCCCAUGAUCACGCCGGCCGCCGCCGCCGCCGCCGGUGAUGACGACAGGACCAGGCUAGUGAUCGAGGAGGUGUCCACGGCGAUGUCCAAGCUGGCGCUGCAGCUGGCGGGGAUCCUCGUCGCAGACCUGCGCGGCGACGAGGAGAAGGACAUGGUGGCGCGGUGCACGCGCAACACGUGCUUCCUGCGGCUGAACCGGUACCCGGCGUGCGGCGCGGCGACCGGCGCCUUCGGGCUGUGCCCGCACACCGACAGCGACUUCCUCACCAUCCUGCACCAGGACGCCGUCGGCGGCCUGCAGCUCCUCAAGGCCGGCCGCUGGGUCGCCGUCAAGCCCAACCCCGGCGCGCUCAUCGUCAACGUCGGCGACCUCCUGCAGGCAUGGAGCAACGACCGCUAUCGGAGCGUCGAGCACCGGGUCAUGGCCAGCGCCGCGAGCGAGAGGUUCUCCGUCGCCUUCUUCCUCUGCCCCGCCUACGACACGCUCAUCCGCCCGCGCAGCACCACCUCUUGCUCCGGCGGCGGCGCUUCUCCUCCUCGAUACAGGAGCUUCACCUUCGGCGAGUACCGGAACCAGAUCAAGGAAGACGUCAGGCUCACGGGCCGAAAGAUCGGCCUGCAACGCUUCCGACUGCAGCAGCAGCUCCAAGGUGGCGGCCCAUUGUAACAUUCGAUCUGCAAAAGGCCAAUACUACAAUCUUGGCCCAUAACCAAAGAAAUAUUUUUUAUAGAUAAGGAGAGAGGAAGGGAAGAGAGAGAGAGAGUUGACAUAACCAUAAGUAGUAUUGGCCCAGCAGCCUAACUGAGCCUCUAAAAAUAUAUUGGUAGAUGCUAUAUUUGUUUGGGGAAAUUAUUCUCACCAACAGUAUACUAUGUGUAUACACACUCUUGUACAUAAGAAUGUAUAUAUGGUUGAAAUAGCUAAUGUGGCUAAUAGUAACAGUA